UGUCUAAAUAAUGUCACUGUUACAGGAUGGAGAAACUGAGAAUGGAGGCAUUCAAGAUGGAGGGAUGCAAGAUGGAGGGAUUCAAGAUGGAGGGAUGCAAGAGAUUCUACCUCUAGACAUGGUCCGUUCUUCUGUUGAUGACAAAUAUGAUGGGUGCAGAGAUUUAAUGUUAUGGGCGGUUGAAAACAUGUACCUCUUCGAUGAGUUAAACACUAAUCCUCAAUUCAAUACAUCCUGGAACAUAGCAAAACCACACGCUAUACCACAUGGAGACAGUUUGAAUACAGAGCAUUCUAUUGCUAUCUAUUUGUAUACAAAAAACAUACCAGGAUCAAAUUCCAAAUCAAUGUACCUGGACUUUAACAAAGCAGUUCAAGAGGGCCAUUCUGCAUAUAUGACAUCAUCAUUCAAGUACCAUGCACUGUAUUUCUACCUGACUGAUGCCAUUCAGAUUCUUAGAGAAAGACAAGAGACAUGUAAGGAAACCUUUCACAGAACCAACAAGAAGUUUGAUAUGAGUGUUCUCAACCACGAGAUCCGUUUCGGCACCUUCGCCACAAGCUCUUUAAGAUCCGACUUAACCAACUUUGGGAAUGUGUCUUGCUUUGAGGUCCACACUUGCUUUGGUGCUGAGCUAACUUCUUACUCAGCCUUUCCUGAAGAGAGACAAGUUUUAAUUCCUCCAUAUGAGAUUUUUGAAGUCACCAAAAUCCAGACAAAGUCACCAGUGAAUAACCUGUUGUGUGAAGUCGUCUACACACUAAAGAGCAAGGGAACAGACACUGAUCUGAAUUGCAAAUUGAUUUUCAGUGGAGGAGAAUCGAACAUCAUCAGAGCAUCAGAUACAGGCUACAUAAUACUCUAUAUUAUGUUGAUAACUACUGUAUAUUACUGAUCAUUACCACCACCUCUAACAAUGAGAAGUAGCCUGAUCUGACACAACAGCUGCCCCAGCUUCACAGUGUAGAGAUUUUGGCUGUGUUCCAGGUCAGCUACAUUGCAGACGCAUGCCUAAUCUCACACCUGUAUAGGUCUUUAACAUAUCAACUAACCACAUCAUUUAGCAAUCUGUUGCCCGACUACGCAGUCGAUGAUGUGGCACACAACCAUUGGUUGAUGCAAUGCAUUGUCUGCAAUGUAUUCGACCUGGAAUGCAACCCCUGUUAAUGCUUGUAUUAACCUGCAUUGAUUGCUCGGUUGCAUAUUUUUUUUUACUGCUACUGUUUUGAAAUGGUUGAGAUUACAUGUCUUGGUCACGUGUAAUAUUUUCUUGACCUUUGCUGGCAUGUACACCGUGACCGCGGCUACCUACAGUACACCUGGCAGCAUUUGAGUUUUGGAAGGGGAGGGAUUUUUCGGCCAUACGUUGCACGCGACUUGCAGAGAGAGGGGGAGGGCUACCAAAGAUGAUCGUCCCUGGUUCCACCACUAGUCCAACAUCUCAACCCCCCACAACCAACACUAGUAACUGUUUAGAGGCCAGUGCUCAUGUAAUAAUUGGUUCUGAGUUGCCGAGAUGAAGCCAAAGAGAACCAGCCACUAUCAUCACAUCUGAGUGACAUUGUGGUUAACAUGAUAAAGCUUUUUUCACAUUACACCAUUUUCAAAAUCCUUAAA